GCGACUUCAGCCCCCGCUCGCGGCUGGAUUUUGACAACCAGAAGGUGUACGCUGUGUACCGGGGCACAGAGGAGCUGGGCGCCGGGCUCGAGAGCCCCCCGCGCGCCCCCCGCGACUGGGGCGCGCUGUUGCUCCACAAGGCCCAGAUCCUGGCGCUGGCAGGCCUUGGUGUUCUCCUUACAUUGAGAAGCAAGGCGGAUGUUGUUAGAUCUAGGUGGGAGUCCCUCCUCACAAAAGGAAUCUAUGACACCCUUGUCCCUUCUGGACCAUCACUGGACUGGACGAAGAGGCCCUGAACCUCAGCACACGGAGGCACCACUCCCCUGCCCUUCUCUGGCCAAGUGGCAGAGAAGACAAAUCUGACCUUGAAAACAGUGUGAUGCAGAAGAAAAUAAAAAUCCCCAAACUUUCUCUCAGUCACCUAGAAGAAGAUGGGGAAAUUAAAGAUUAUGGGGAAGAAGAUUUACAGCUUAGACACAUCAAGGAUUGUCUGGGGAAAUAUUGAGCCGCAGUCCAAGAAAGUCCCAGCUGCCCUUGCCUGAACUGAUUCUCGUUGUCCUACACAGAGACCUGAGGGGCGGAAGCCGAGUGAAGUGGCACACAAGAGCAUUGAGGCAGUGGUGGCUCGGCUGGAGAAACAGAACGGCCUGAGUGUGGGCCACAGCACCUGCCCAGAAGAGGUCUUCGUGGAGGCCUCACCGAGCAUGGAGGACAUGGACAGUCUGGAGGAUGCUGCUGUGCCCAGGGCUCUGUAUGAGGAACUGCUGCGCAACUACCAACAGCAACAGGAGGAGAUGCGUCACCUCCAGCAGGAGCUGGAGCGGACUCGGAGGCAGCUGGUGCAGCAGGCUAAGAAGCUGAAAGAGUACGGGGCCCUCGUGUCUGAAAUGAAGGAGCUUCGCGACCUCAACCGGAGGCUCCAGGAUGUGCUGCUCCUGCGACUUGGCAGUGGUCCUGCCAUUGACUUGGAAAAAGUAAAGUCAGAAUGUCUCGACCCUGAGCCGGAGUUACGGAGCACUUUCAGUGAGGAAGCAAAUACGUCGUCCUAUUACCCUGCUCCUGCGCCUGUCAUGGACAAGUAUAUCCUAGACAAUGGCAAGGUCCAUCUGGGAAGCGGGAUUUGGGUUGAUGAGGAGAAAUGGCACCAGCUGCAAGUAACCCAAGGCGAUUCCAAGUACACGAAGAACUUGGCAGUCAUGAUUUGGGGAACAGAUGUUCUGAAAAACAGAAGUGUCACUGGAGUUGCCACAAAAAAAAAGAAGGAUGCAGUCCCGAAGCCACCCCUCUCACCUCACAAACUAAGCAUUGUCAGAGAGUGUUUGUAUGACAGAAUAGCACAAGAAACUGUGGAUGAGACUGAAAUUGCACAGAGACUCUCCAAAGUCAACAAGUACAUCUGUGAAAAAAUCAUGGAUAUCAAUAAAUCUUGUAAAAAUGAAGAACGAAGGGAAGCGAAAUACAAUUUGCAAUAAACUUCGGAUUUUUCAUAAAGCCUUUGUGUUUUCCUUGCGCGGCACGCAAUUUGCAGGCAGCGGUGCCACCAGACCCCUCCCCACGGCGCAUGACAGUGUGCGGACCGGGGCCGGUCGGGUGCUGGAGUCACGGAUGACUCCCAGCUUGGACAUCCUACUCCAGAGAAGGCACAUGGAUUUGCUAAAAUUCAGACAGCAGCCUGGGGCCACCAGUGCCAGUCAUUAUGGGGACGGGAAACACUUCUCGGGGUGGUAAAAAGCGUCUCUGAGCUGCCUGUCCCUUGAUCAGAACUUGGAACUUUAUAUUUUUGCCAUGAAAGAACUUCUGUCUCUUCCUCUAUUUUGUUCUAUAAUAAAACUUCAUUAAUUCUU